AGUAUAUAACGUGCCAUUCAGCUUCACAACAGAGAGCCGGAGCCACGGGCGCAGAGUGGCCGGCAGAGAAGGGUAACCCCAUGGACCAGUCAGUCGCCGUCGUGGCGGUGCCGUUCCCGGCGCAGGGCCACCUGAACCAGCUGCUGCACCUGUCGCUGCAGCUCGCCUCGCGCGGGCUGCCCGUGCACUACGCGGCGCCCGCGGAGCACGUCCGCCAGGCCCGCGCGCGCGUGCACGACUGGGGCGACGACGCCCUCCGCCGCAUCCAGUUCCACGAGCUCGCCAUCUCCGAGUACGCCUCCCCGCCUCCCGACCCCGCCGCCGACUCGCCCUUCCCCUGCCACCUCAUGUCCAUGUGGGAGGCCUUCAUCGCCGACGCGCCCGCCCCGCUCGCGGCGCUCCUCGGCGAGAUCUCCGCCUCCAACCGCCGCGUUGUCGUCCUGUACGACAUCAUGAACGCCUUCGCCGCCGAAGAGGCCACGCGGCUGCCCAACGGCGAGGGGUUCGGGUUUCACUGCACCGCCGCGUCGUCCAUCGUCGGGAGGAUGGACGGUGGGACCCAGCUCCUACGUAACAAGCACGGCCUCGACUACCUCCCCGUCCACGCCUUCGUGCCGGAGGAGUUUCUGGAGUUCGUCGGCAAUCGGGCGAGAGCCCCGCAGACCAUUCCGUCCAGCGCCGGCAUCCUCAUGAACACGUGCCGCGCGCUCGAGGGUGAGUUCAUCGACUUAGUAGCAGAGCAACUGGCCGCCGCUGGCAAGAAGGUCUUCUCUAUCGGCCCGUUGAACCCACUGCUCGACGCGAGCGCGCCCGAGCAGGGCAAAGAGCGGCACGAGUGCCUAGACUGGCUCGACAAGCAGCCACCGGCAUCCGUGCUCUACGUGUCGUUCGGCUCGAUGUCCUCUCUGCGAGGCGAGCAGGUCGCCGAGCUCGCUGCGGCGCUGCGCGACAGCAACCAGCGGUUCAUCUGGGUGCUGCGCGACGCCGACCGCAGCAACGUAUUCGCGGACAGCGGCGAGAGCCGGCACUCGACGUUCCUGUCCGAGUUCACCAAAGAAACUGAGGGAACAGGUUUGGUGAUCACAGGGUGGGCGCCGCAGCUGGAGAUCCUGGCGCACGGCGCCACGGCGGCGUUCAUGAGCCACUGCGGCUGGAACUCGACCAUGGAGAGCAUGAGCCACGGGAAACCCAUCCUCGCGUGGCCCAUGCACUCCGACCAGCCCUGGGACGCUGAGCUGUUGUGCAAGUACCUCAAGGUCGGCUUCCUGGUGAGGCCAUGUGAGAAGCACAGCGAGGUGAUACCGGCGGAGACCAUACGGGAGGUGAUCAAGAAGAUGAUGGUCUCCGACGAAGGGCUCGUGGUGCGACGGCGUGCAAUGGCGCUCGGCGAGGCCGUCCGUGCGUCCACGGCUGAAGGCGGGUCAUCUCGCAAGGACCUCGAGGAGUUCAUUGCUCACAUUACAAUGUGACCUUACAAUGCUUCGUAUUUGAAUUUCAGCUGUCAAUUUCGAAAAACAAAUGAGUUGUAGUUGUACCAGUUCAUGGAAAAAUGAUGGAUGUAUCAAACUUA